AUCUGGUUGUGAUCAUCUUGGCAUAGCAACUCUUUCUUCAGAAGUACUGAUAAAAAACAAAGGAAAGGCCAUCAUGCCUCCUCUCAAUACUUCUCGUCCCUCUCCUGCCACCUUCUUGCUGAUGGGCAUCCCAGGACUAGAGCACCUGCAUGUCUGGAUCAGGAUUCCCUUCUGUUCCACGUACGUUGUGGCCCUGGUGGGGAACGUGACCAUUCUGGCUGUGGCGAGGGCAGAGCGAAGCCUGCACGAGCCUAUGUUCCUGUUCUUCUGCAUGCUCUUGAUCACUGACCUGGUCCUUUCCACAUCUACACUGCCCCGCAAGCUCUGUCUCUUCUGGCUUGGAGCCCAUGACAUUGCCUUUGAUGCCUGCCUGACUCAAAUGUUCUUCACCCAUAGUUUUACUGCUAUGAAAUCAGGCUUCUUUUUAGCCAUGGCCAUUGACCGUUUCGUGGCCAUUUGUCAUCCACUGCACCAUUCCACCAUUCUCACCCAUGUGCACAUCCCUAUAACGGGUAUCAUUGUGGUGAUUCGGUGGGUAGCCUUCUUUUCUCCACAUCCUAUUCUGCUCAAACAGCUGCCUUACUGUAGGACACGAAUCAUUGCCCACUCCUACUGUGAGUUUAUGGCUGUCGUGAAGCUGGCAUGUAUGGACACAGGGGCCACCAAGAGUUAUAGCCUCAGUAUGGCUUCUAUUAUUGGCUCAUGUGAUGCAGUUCUUGUUGCUAUAUCCUAUGCCUUCAUCCUCCAUUCUGAAUUCCGCCUGCCAUCCCAAGAAGCUAGCUUUAAGGCUCUGGGCACAUGUGGGUCCCACGUCUGUGUUAUUCUUGUCUUCUACUCCGCUGCUGGUUUUUCCAUUUUCACACACCGUUUUGGGAAACAUAUACCUGUACAUAUCCAUAUUUUUAUUGCAAAUAUGUACUUUUCGGCGCCCCCUUUUCUCAACCCUAUCGUGUAUGGAGUAAGGACCGAGAAAAUAAGGGAGCAUGUUCUUAGGACACUAAUGGUCAAAGUUGUCAGAUUGUAG